AUGGACGGUAGCACUACUCGCGACACGGGACAGCUCGCUCUGUCUUCAGCUGGUGAUAUGCUGGACCAGAACUCUUCCAGUGGCAAGAAAAUCCAGACCCCGCUUGACAGGAUGCAAUGGAUCCAAAAAUUCUCCGAGAUCGAUCAGACGCUCAAGUCUACUGGUCCCCCAACGAUGUCGAACGCAGUCCGCAUCAACGAGAUGUUCGGUAUUCUGAGAGGGAUGUGUGAGGGUGAGCACGUUAUCGAGAGUCUUGUGCCGUUCGAAGAAGAAUACCUCCGGUUGCACGAGGCAUUCAAGGCAAGGGCCCGGGCUCGUGCGCACUCCCGUACUAUCUCGUCUAGCACCAUUGGAGAGCAGGUCAUCAGUCACUUGUUGCUCGAGAAGCUCGAUGACUCUCUUGCAUCCCUCAGCGUUGAAGAUACACCUCCGAAGAUUGAAGAUACACCUCCGAAGAUUGAAGAUACACCUCCGAAGAUUCAAGAUACACCUCCGAAGAUUGACGAGACUCGUGCCGGUGCGGAGGCCGCACUGACAGCAAAGGCCAAACGUAGAUUGCCUCCCAGUGGAUUGCCCCGAAUGAUCCAGCCUAUCGGACAGCAGACCCAUCUUCUGUACAAGAAAAACCUCGACCUCUUGGACGAGGAAAACCAGUUUCGAGCCUCCAGCCCUGCUAUCACUGUUACCGGUCCACGGAGCCGUGAUCAGAACGCCUCACGAGUUAUCACGCCGUUCUCCUCACGUAUUCCGCGUUAUGGACCUUCCCCAGCGUCUGGAAGCUCUCUGGCCCCUACCGCUCACGUCGAAACAUCGGACCAGCACCUGAAGCCAACAAACCCAGCUUCUGCAACUAAUAUCACACCACCUUUGGAGCCGGAGACAAAGUCCAGUCCUCUGCUUACUCCUAGAGUUCCCUCGCCGUUUAGAACAGGACCUGGCAAGACUACACAUAAGCCUAGGGUUAUCUCUAGCACGGCUCCUAGACAGAACCGUACCGCCAUGUUGCGUGCCCAAAACGUCAAGGCGGAACAUACUGAUAUCAGCCUUGCAAGGAGGAAAGGCAAGAUCGAAUCCCCUGCGGUCAAAAAAGCCAAGGAAGGCGCCAAUACCAACCUCGGUCCCCAGACGGCGAGAAAGAAGAAGACCGGCUUUGAAGAUGACGAUCCCUUUCUGGAUGCACCCGGACAGCGAAGCCCUAUUCCCCCACGAUUUGCCGAGGCUCUUGCCGCACAGAACGGCGUGCCCGCCGUCAACGACCCCAAGACAGGCGAGCCAAAGCCGCUUGUGCCAGAGCUACCCCAGUCGCUCAGCAAGAUUAGCAUCGCGAGCAGCCUUAUCUCGACUCCGGGAAAAUAUCCGAUCGGUUUCAACAUCGACGAAGAGAACGCCCAUCUUUUCCAGAGGUCGAUGACAGGAGACACGAAUAAGACGGUUGGCACGAUGAGCACUACUGAUUCCUUUGCGAUCGCCCAGACUGCUCAGAUGCUAGAGGGUGUUCAGCGUGAGGGAGGCGCGCUUCCUGAUGGAAUCUCCGGGGACAGACUGGUCAAGCUCGGAAAACGUCCAUCUAAGCCGAGGCCCACCUCCUUUUCCGGCAGUCCAUCCAAGCCCACUGCUUUCCAACAUCGCAGGAGUACUUCGGCCGAUAGCAAGAGCUCCAAGCUGGGUCGCCCAGACCCGCACAAGAGGGGUAGUCUUUUACCGGUCAAGGAAAUUGUGGAUACUUCGGUGAAGAGUGGCAAAAAACCGGUCGUGGCUGCGCGCCCUACCACUGCGGAGAUGUCUUUCAUUAGAAAAGAGCAGGCUGCCCUCACCAAUAUACAGCUACAGCAGAAGUCCAAUAUUCAAAACUGGACCGGAACCCUCGAUCAAGCCACGGAGACCCAGAUGAAGAGUAGUAAGGGUGGACCCAUUGCAGUUCCCAACGACGCCUCAGCCCGUCCGAGUGACCGUGAUCAACAGAGGUUGCAGAAGCCGGUUGGAUUUGAGUCCAAGUUGAAGCGCACCUCACUUCCUCGCGGAACCGCUAGCUCUGCGGCAAAGAAAACCUCGAACACUUCGACGUCCGUCAACCCUACUAAGGGUUCGAUCCGCCAGAGACCUACCAAUGGCGUAACGCCCGAGAUAACCAAUAAGGGUACUGGACACGUUAGAGUUGGCGUCAGAGUCAACAGGAGAUCAUCCAAUACUCCAGCCGGAAAGGCUAGGGCCUCCCCGGGAUCUCGUCGACCAACCAACAUGCCUAUUGCGAAGCCUCCGGUUCUAGGCAAUAAGAGCAUUAACAUCAAGAGCCCUGUUCAGCAGACCCCUACUACUCUCAAGAGGGAUGCCAACGUCACUGGUCGCGGGCUUCCGCCUGGCUUCUCUGGUCCCAGUAGGAAGGAGAACCAGGGUGCGCAAGGAAAGCUUUCUACGGCGGUUCCGAGCAUCACCCCAAGGCUGGGUCAGAAGAGCAGUACCCCCAAGCUCAGUCCCGACAAUACCUUCCUUAGGAAUAGUCCAGGCAGCAGUAUCCCCAGGCGUAGUCCCCAACCUUUGGCAGAUAUUUCGGGCAUAGGAGCCUCCAAGAAUCCGAGAGUCAAUACGACUACCAGCGCCAAUCGCAAGUGGUUGGGUUUGAAGAAGGUGCCAAAGUUGGGUCCUACGACGCCCUGUACUCCCUACGAGAAGAUCCCUGCCUUUUAUACGGCCACGGACAAGGAGAAUGUGGACCCCUUGAAGCACCAAAUCCCCGCUUCCGCCGAGCAGGGCACCAAGUCCAAGAAGCGUCUAGGAGUCAUCAAUUGGUUCCGCGAUAACCGUGCCAGCCGCCAGAGUGGAGACAACCGCAACAGUACUCAGUCUCGCCUAUCUGGAAAGAGCUUCCCUAAAUUUGGAAAAUUCUGCGCUACAGGAUCUGCCUCUGGUAGAAAGAGCCCGGAACAUGGCGUCCCAGAUGCUUCCAACCCGGAGUUCAACAUCACCCAGGAGCAGGUGGACACACUCAAGAACCGCUUGUCAGCAAACUAUCUCAGCCCCCAGAACACCGUCGGAGGUCAGUACUUCUCCAAGAAUGUGCCGACGAUCGACGAAUCCCCCACUCGCGACGAGAAAGAAGGAAACCCCAUCAAGGUGUGCAUAGAACUCAUUACCUCUGCGUCAGUGGAAAAGAACCCUGUGGUCAAGGAACACCUCUUCAUGUUGUCUCAGGUCAUGGUCACCGCGGUCACCAUGAGCAGGGAUGCCCAGUGCGCCAGCCAGAAGGCGAAAGUUGCCAGCGACGAGGCGCAGUUGGCGACCGCCAAGGUCUUUGUCAAGCUUCAUUCAGUCGUCGAAAUGCUCCAGGACUGGAAGAAAACCGGUCACGUACCUCCGACCACCAUUUAG